CGUUGCAUAUUUCUUUUUCAGUGGGUCUGGCCCGAGUCAUUAGAAAACGUUGUCGUUUCCCAUAAACCAAACGUUGACAUGCGGGCCUGCGGUCCCAAACUAGCCCUAAGUCAAACUAGGCCUUUAUAAGGAAAGCGAAAACUCCGCUCGAUGGCGGCGGAAAUAUACACGAAGAAGGGAACAUGGCUACUCACGACGACGAUGACGAAGACGACAUAAACCCCGUCACGAUGAUACUACCAGAUGAUCAAGACGAUACAAUGAGAUUCCGUACAAUACAAGAGGGUGCAUCAGAGCAACAUCUACAGCAGCAUUACGUCCGUUCAAUCGACUCAACGUUGUUGAUCAGGCAGCUUCCUUCCCAAGGCCUCUCCUUCCAGCUCUGGCCCGCCGCUACCACUCUUGUCACUCUACUCGAUCAACACCGCUGUCAGCCUACCAAUAACCCCUUAUCUUCCACCCUGCUCGGUCAUGGCCACCCUCUCAACAUCCUCGAGCUAGGCUCCGGAACCGGUCUCGUCGGGAUCGCCGCCGCGGCCACUCUCGGCGCUAAUGUCACGGUCACCGACCUCCCACACGUCAUCCCGAACCUCCUGUUCAACGCGGAGGCAAACGCCGACGUUUUAACCGCGAAUGGAGGGGCCAUACGCGUGGAGCCGUUAAGGUGGGGAGAGGCCGAUGACGUGAAGCUGAUUGGGCGGGAUUUCGAUCUAAUUCUGGCCUCGGAUGUAGUGUACCAUGAUCACUUGUACGACCCGUUGCUCGAAACAAUGCGACUGUUGCUAUUGGGCAGCGCGGGUACUGAAAACGGAAGAGCAAAGGCGUUCGUGAUGGCCCAUUUGAGGAGGUGGAAGAAGGACUCGGCUUUCUUCAAGAAAGCCAAGAAGCGCUUUCAGGUUGAGGUUCUACACGUGGAUAGUCCAUCCGAGGGAUGUAGGGUUGGAGUGGUUGUUUACCGUUUUGUUGAGAAGCUUAUGAAUUCGAAUUCUGGUAGCUCGGCAAGCAAUUCUGCAUGAUCAAGAAUGUUUCGCUUGUUUGUUUGUCAAGAAAAUCCUCACCUCUGCGUGUCGUCCGUCCCCAUAUAUAGAAUUUUCAAGAUUUUUGAGGCAGAAAUAAUUAAUGAAUCAUAGAAUGGUGAUACAGUUUUGAACGUGGAGAUGAUUCAAGAGAAUGAAUCUUUCAAAAAUUGGAUCAUAAUACAAUAAGGCAAAAAUUACGCUGAAUAUCACAUUUUCUUAUACACGCAAUCAAGACCAUGGGUCCUGAUUAAUACCCUCACAAACAAAGAAAC